UUGGUAAUUUACGAUCGAGUCAGUGUUCGAGCGUUGAGAGCGCGUUCCGGCGAGUUGUUCGAGUACGCGCACGGUUUAAAUGUCCCUCGCCAAAGUCGUACCCGCCGAUAUUCGCGUUUGUGAAUGUGAACAGGAGCGGCCGUAGACCGACGCAGCAGGGCUGGACGAGCCCGCGGGGAUACUGGUACCAUGACCGUGUCAUACGGAGGUCGGGUGCCCAACGGCAGUACCUUCGGCUGUUUCUGGAAGGUUUUGGGAAUAUGGAGAGGAAGUGUAUAUAAACUAGUAUGGAGAGAAUUAGUAGCCUAUUUAUGUGUAUAUUAUUCAAUUAAUUUAUUGUACAGAUAUGGAUUAAAUGAAAACCAACAGAGGAUAUUCGAAAGAAUUAGGUUAUACUUCAGCCAACAAAGCGAAACGAUACCUAUGUCGUUCGUGUUGGGUUUCUAUGUGUCAUUGGUGGUGAAAAGAUGGUGGGAACAAUACAGACUGUUGCCCUGGCCUGAUACUCUAGCUCUAUUUUUAAAUGCAGCUAUCCCAGGUGCGAGCGAGAGGCAAAGACUGAUGAGACGCAACAUAGUGAGGUAUGCAGUAUUAGCUUAUGUCGUAACCCUGAUGAGGGUUUCUCUAAGAGUAAAGAAACGUUUUCCUACGUGGCAACAUCUUGUUGAUUCUGGUAUAAUGAUGGACAGCGAGAAGAAAAUAUUCGAGCUGAUGGACAACAAAACGCCGAUGUCGAAAUAUUGGAUGCCGCUAGUUUGGGCUACCAAUCUCAUAAACAGAGCGAGGAAAGAGCAACUCACAACCAGUGAUCACAUCGUCCAAACUAUAUUGGUCGAAUUGUCUGAUAUUAGAAGACGACUAGGUUCUUUGAUCGGAUAUGACACGGUGUCUGUUCCGCUUGUUUAUACUCAGGUAGUAUCGCUGGCUCUUUAUUUCUACUUUAUAGCUGCAUUGUUAGGAAAACAGCUAAUUCCAAUAACUGAUGCCACCAUGAAGGGAAAAUAUGAGGAACCGGACAUGUAUUUUCCGUUUUUUACUGCAUUACAGUUCUGUUUCUAUAUUGGCUGGUUGAAAGUUGCCGAGGUACUAAUCAAUCCAUUCGGUGAAGAUGACGACGAUAUUGAACUCAACUGGCUCAUUGACAGGCACAUAAAGGCUGCUUAUAUUAUUGUGGACGAAAUGCACGAAGAACACCCCGAACUGCUUAAAGAUCAGUACUGGGAUGAUGUGGUACCGAAAGAGAUUCCCUACACAGUCGCCUCAGAACACUAUAGACGAGAAGAACCUAAAGGUUCAGCCGAAACUUACAAAGUUAAGACAACCGAUGCCCUGUAUGCCAAUCUUUUGCCACAAGGACAUUUUAAAAAAAGUAUUGUGGACGAUAUGUAUGCAGAUUAUGAAAGCGUAGAUACGCCGAUCGUUGAAAGAAGAAAAAGUCAAAACUGGUUCAGCAGACAGAUCUCCAGAACUGGAAUGGGAUCGAUUCGGUCAGCCUCGACCGCUUACUCGUCUGGAGGACUAUUUUCCAGGCCGAGAGGCAAUUCCGUCUAUGCCAAUCCAGAAAAUGGACAAAUACACAUACCCCAUCAAAAGAUGUCUAUUUAUGAUCGUUUGGUUGGAAGAAGAUCCGGAAGGAAUCAGAAAUUCAAACCAAGUCAAAAAUUUGCAGGAGCUUCGGCUAUGAACGUUAAAAAUCGACCACGAAUACCAACACCCGAUGUAACGAAAGAAGUGAUUGAGAAAGAGAAUCGUCAAUCGAUGUCCACUCUCACGAAUAACAAUAUGACACAACAGCAACCAGUUUCAACUGGUUUGACAGUCAUGUCUCAUCAAUUACCCGCUUAUCCGGGUUAUCCUUCGGGAGAUGUUCCCGUUGUACAGGUCGUACUGUCACCCAUCCAGGAACUCGACGGCACCGGCUCCGUAAACAACACACUUCACGCCCAUUCACCCGGAACCGCAGCUUUAGCACAAGCCGUCCUGUCACCCACCUUGGGACCAUUGCUCACCACCCCAGUUAGCGUUCCCAUGACCGUGUCCCAACUCACCCAACUGGGCAUAAAUUCGGCACAUAACAGCCCCCUCUUAGCUAGAGCAUUUGAUACGCACAACAUUAAAAAGCCCACUUUUAUCCAGGCAUUCGAGCAUCCGAAAGCUGUCAGCCCUGCACAACCUUUGACGCUGACAGAGUUACCUACUCCGGAAGUACACCAAGACGAAGAGCAGGUUGAACAAAGCGGUUCUUCUGGAACAUCGGAUUUUUCGCAUCAGUCCAAGGAUUCUAUCGGAUCAAAUGUGUCUAAUACGACUGCUUCUAUGUCUUCUAAGAAGUCUUUACAAUUAAGGGAGGCAAAAGAUAGAAUUGACGGUUCUCCGUUACCUCCGUCUCCUCCAACGAUCAUAAGUAAUUUGGAGGAAGAAGACAGAGUUGUGUCUCUAACGCCAAGCGCUUCAGCACCUAAUUCGUUGAAUUCGCUUAGUGGAGCUCAACCAGUCGCGGAAAUCCCUAAACUCAGAAAAAUAUCAGCUGUAUCGCAAAAUACCAACUCUCCAAAAAGAGGAGAGGUAUACGUAUGAUUUUAGUGACGAUUCAGACAUUUUUUUUAAUUAGUAAAUUGGUGUGAUUUAAUUUUUAUAUUUGGAAUAUCAAUUAUUUUGAUCUAAUUACAUUCCCGUGUCUAAUAUAAGAUCUACUGAUAUUUCUAAGUUAUAUUUAAUUUACAAAUAUUACUUUUUUAUAACUAUAUAACCAUUUAAAGAAAACAUUAAUUUUCUUUGAAUAAUUGUCAAAAAUGUGUGAAAUUAUUAUUGUAGGGUGGAAGCUUUUUAGCUAAAGUGCUGACUUUUUGUGAUAUUUUUGUUAUUUAAAAUGCCAAAAAUGGUAUUUUAAUGAGAUUAGCUAAUAUUUUUUUACUGUUAUUGUUGAAAAAUAUUUGUGAAAUUUACUAAAUUAAUAUUUUAUUAUUUAAUAUAUAUUUAUAAUGAAUCUUGCAUAUUGUCAGGAUCUAUGUUUUUAAAUCCAUAAGUAAGGGUCAAAUAAGAUAAAACGUAACAUACUAAACUAUGUAAUAAUUGUGGUAUUAUUUAUAAUUCUAAUAUUUUUGUUGGGGGUGAUAAUAUUAUUCACAAGUACUUAUUUCUGAUAACUACUAGUUACUGUAUAAAAUUGUACAUAUUAUUAUGAUUCUUUUUACGAUGUAUAUGUUAAAUAUCAAUCUAUUGUCUGUAUAAAAAAUAAAGUUCUUAUAAAUAUA